CCCGUGUCAUGGAACAAAUUCGUCUUUCAACCUCUCAAUACAGGCAGAGCUUACAAGUUGCAACCACUACUCAAGCAGCCGCCAUACUAACCGAGAUAGCAUAGUAUUGAUUUUCUAGUCGAUUGCUUGCUGAGAAAAUUACCAGCCAGCGACGAUCAUUUUUAAUUUCUGUUCCUUCCUGACAUUCUCCCUAAUGCCUUACCUGGGGUAGUUAGUUCUCUUUGCGACGCUUGAAGCCAAAAGCUGUCUCGACGGGAUCCACCUCAGGGGAAUAGACAGGCAGAAGAAAGAGGAAGCCAAGCAGACAUGUCGAGCGCCCCAAUGCCACCGGGCCAGGGUAGUGCCGCGGCGGCGGCGGCGGCGACAACAAUGGCGGCCGAAGCUACCGAAGGCCGUCGUCCCAUCUCUAUCGAGGAGCUGUGCUUCACAACGGCCAUGAGCUGCUAUGAAGGAUGGCUGAAGCUAGACCCAGCCAUCGGACCUCGUACCAUGGCCAUGGUCACAAAGUUCUUUUCCCGAACGCUUGAGAAGACGCACAAUCUCAAAGACGUCAGGGAGACUUUGUCAAGCAGCGUGGAAAUCUGGAUCUGGCUGACCAAGGACUUCGCUGCUGCCAUUCCAAGCCUGACCACGCGUUCCAUCGGCCCGUUGGCCACCUUGAAUGACCCCGAGAAGGGCGCAACCACCCAGGAGAGCACUGCACUCAUCACCAAGAACUACACGUCUCUCAAAGAGGAUCUCCAGCUGCUCAUCAAGCUUAUGCAUAUUGCCAGAAACCUGCUAGUUGUGCCCGAGCCCGAGGUCGCCCAGGAUCUAUGUGCGGCAGCCCAGUUCGACCAGAUGCUCUACCAGACCAUCAUUCUCUGUGUUAACGUCACCAGCAAGGCCUACGACGGCGACAUCCUCGAGGAGGGUGCUCGCCUCAGGCUGGGCGAGAUUACCGAACUGUACAAAAAGCUUCUUGUUACAUGCCUACAGCAGGCGCACAACUGGAUUGCUAAAAAUGACAGAAACAAGACGUCCUUCUGGUCAACUGUGCUCUUCGACGAUGAGACUGCAGGUGAGGAGGAGGAGGCCAAUGCCGGGGCUGGAGACUUCCGCCCAGAGGUCGCCAAGAUCGAGGUCCAGAACUGGAUCGAGCGGAACUCGAGGGUGUGCGACAAGGCCCGCCAGCUUCUAAUCCAAUACGAGGAGACCUUGGCGUCAAGGGGCUUCCUACCCGGCAACUUGUCGCCCAUAUCCCCGCUGUCCUGGAACUGGCUGCCCGAGGGGACGAUUCGAACACGGGCCGGCGAUGAAGAAGACGACGCCAAGAUCAUCCCGCACUGGAAAGAGGACGAGCCCGACAAGUUCGAGCAGGACCGCGCCUAUGGCCGCGUGUCGAGGGAGGUUGAUACGUGGUGGCUGAAGGUCCGGGACCCGAAUUACGAUGGUUGGGCUGUUCCCAUGCCCCUGGUUGAGUUUGCAAAGCAGAGGACCGAGAAUUGCAAGGCCAAUCUCGUCAACCGCUACGCGCACUCGUACCGCACAGAUGAGCGUGAAGGCUCCGUGCACUCUACCGAGGCCCCGGUGCCUCCCGAUGUCGCUGCUGAGGAAGAGCAUGAAGACGGCCGUGCCUAUUCCCAGGACUACAAUGAUGACAUGAUUGAGGAAGAAGACGUCGACGAUGACGACUCGUACGGCGAAGGGCCUAUGAGCGGCCUCCUGACAGAGGUGCCGAAUAUUCUCGACCCUAAGCAGAUCGAGGCACUCCACAUGAUCGUCAAAUCGUGCAUCCUCGACAAUGCAGGGCUUGCGCUCACCAGAGCCGGGGAGAACCUGCAAAAGACGCGGUGCAGAAUGUUCCUGGCUCUCGAGUGCGGGAGGAGCCUUCUCCGGGAGAUCCUAGUCUUCAUUGCUGUCUGGGAGAAGAACGAACAAUCGCUUAUUUUCCAACUCACAACACAAAUUGUCGAGGCCAUCCAUCACAGUGCCCUAAUUCCCUACGCGUGGCAGUCCUUGCGGAUUCCCAAAGACAUCAUCUCGCCAGCGCAGACAGUGCUUUUGAGGUUGGUCAACAACAUGUUCCGGGCCAGGAACGCGGACCCGCCCUCCCCAGACUCAAAGGAGCAUCUACGCGACGUCAAGCUCCUUCAUUUCUUGUUCAUCCAGUUCCGGAGCCGCAUCGUGCCAGAAUGCGCUGCCCUGAUGCACCUCCAGGAGCAGAUUCUCAAAGGAAAGUGCGAUCCUGCUGACUUUCCCGUCGACACUUGGGACAUGGAGCGUGCCAAAGAUGGUCUUGAGCAGUUCCUAGAGCUUUUAACCACAGUGAACGAGGUUGUUGAGACGCGCGAAUAUCUUAUUGAGUGGGAAGCUGCCUAUGAGCUUCUGGUCUUGUUAGGGGGCCUCGAGGCAGGUGUGGCAAAGAAACCGCUUGUUGACCUGGCCAACCACUCAACCAAUGAGCAGACCCCCGACCCCAGCCCCUCUGAGACUCCCAUCAACAACCAAAGACGUGACGAUGAAGAUUCACAGCAUCCGCCUCCGCCUCCUCCUCCACCCCCGCCCUUGCAAGACCCUGCACACAAAUUUCCAUGGUCGGACAUCAAGGGCAAGAUCCUGCACAUCCUCGCUGGACUCCUCCAGCCGCCACCCGGACAGAGCAGCCCUGGAAACCCAACAGUCCAGGCGCAAAUCCUCCACCAUCAAGGCAUCGUCAGCUUGCUCAACUGCUGUGUCUACGACGACCAUAACCGCUAUGCUCGGGAACGCGUCCAGAUUUGUCUCAAAUGGUUGAUGGACGGCUCUGACGCGGCGAACAACUUCCUUCGUGAGCUGGUCGCCAUGACGCCGCCACCGGAGCUUCGACCUCAGUCUUCCGCGCCCGCAGCAGGCGGGCAGCUCUCGCCUGCCCCCGCCCCCACAACAAGCCUGAGGAUUGACGGCAUUGGGGGCGAGGUCAAGGUCCAGCUGAGAUCACCCAGUGGGGCUGGGGGUGGGAGUGGCAAUAAUGGCAGUACAGUAUCGCGGCUAGCGAAUAAAGCUGGCUCGCUAGCCCUCCCCUCGUUGGCAUCGUCAACUGCGGCGCUCCUGGUGGAUGACCUCAGGAACACCGCUAGCAAUAACACCCUACCUCCAAUCCAAUCGUCCCCAGCUCAACCCUCAACCACAACCCAGGAGGCCCGUAACCGUUCCGCGGAGUUGCUCCGCGAUAUUAUCACUCUGGCGGACGAGGCGGCGCGGCUGGCUAUGGGCCGCCGUAUCGAUGCAGACGAAACCGAGGAUGAGGACUUUAUGUAGUGAUAAAAUUGGGAAAACCUCAUCCCACCCCCCAAAUAUGAACAUAGAGAUAUAGAACAGGGGUGCGUGGGAGAUUGUCGAUGGAGUGGAUUUGAAUUAGAUCCAAUAAAAACAAAUAAACUGCUAAAUAUUAAUC